GCCUCGGAGACGUAAAACGAGGAAAUUAGGGGGUUCACAGCCGUGUAGGUUUUGUGUUUGUCGUAGUGUUGCCCCCUUUGAAGAAACAGUUGUUUACAGAUUAAGUGUAUUAAAAAAUGAGUAAAUAUAUUAAUAGCUACACAGCUGUAAAAUAAUGAGAAUAUGCAGAACUGACAGGUGUUCCUCCCGCCGCCCCCCUGAAGUUCGGAAGUAUUUCUGGUGCAAGACAGUGGUGAUCUUAAAUUGGAACCCCUACCCCCUAUAGUUUUUUUUUUUUUUCUUUUAGCAUGUGAAAAUAGUGAUGCUUUGGUAUUUAACGUGAGCUUAUAUUUAAUCUUUGAGGCAUUGGAAGUGUAUGAGUCUACAGCAGUAAGCUAAAAAAGCUGAGUGAAGAUAGUUUGACUAAGCAACCUGAAGAAGUUUUUGAUGUAUUAGAAAAGCUUGGAGAAGGGUCUUAUGGAAGUGUAUUUAAAGCAAUACAUAAGGAAUCUGGUCAAGUUGUGGCAAUUAAACAAGUACCUGUUGAAUCAGAUCUUCAGGAAAUAAUCAAAGAAAUUUCAAUAAUGCAGCAAUGUGACAGUCCAUAUGUUGUAAAGUAUUAUGGCAGUUACUUUAAGAACACAGACCUCUGGAUUGUUAUGGAGUACUGUGGAGCUGGCUCUGUCUCGGACAUAAUUAGAUUACGAAACAAGACACUGACAGAAGAUGAAAUUGCAACUAUUCUGAAAUCAACUUUGAAAGGACUAGAAUACUUACACUUUAUGAGAAAAAUACACAGAGAUAUAAAAGCUGGAAAUAUUCUCCUCAAUACAGAAGGACAUGCAAAAUUGGCAGAUUUUGGAGUGGCUGGUCAGUUAACAGAUACCAUGGCAAAACGCAAUACUGUGAUAGGAACUCCAUUUUGGAUGGCUCCUGAGGUAAUUCAAGAAAUUGGCUAUAACUGUGUGGCAGACAUAUGGUCCCUUGGCAUUACUUCUAUAGAAAUGGCCGAAGGAAAACCUCCCUAUGCUGAUAUACAUCCAAUGCGGGCUAUUUUUAUGAUUCCCACAAAUCCACCACCAACAUUCAGGAAGCCAGAACUUUGGUCUGAUGAUUUCACAGAUUUUGUUAAGAAGUGCCUAGUGAAGAAUCCUGAGCAAAGAGCUACUGCAACACAACUUCUACAGCAUCCUUUUAUCAAGAAUGCAAAACCUGUAUCAAUUUUAAGAGACUUGAUUACAGAAGCUAUGGAGAUCAAAGCUAAAAGACAUGAAGAACAACAGCGAGAACUGGAAGAAGAGGAAGAAAAUUCGGAUGAAGAUGAGCUGGAUUCCCACACCAUGGUGAAGACGAGUUCAGAAAAUGUGGGCACAAUGCGGGCCACAAGUACAAUGAGUGAAGGAGCCCAGACCAUGAUUGAACAUAAUAGCACAAUGUUAGAGUCUGACUUGGGGACCAUGGUUAUAAACAGUGAAGAUGAGGAAGAAGAAGAUGGAACUAUGAAAAGAAAUGCAACUUCACCACAAGUACAAAGACCAUCUUUCAUGGACUACUUUGAUAAACAGGAUUUCAAGAAUAAGAGUCAUGAAAACUGUAAUCAGAACAUGCACGAACCCUUCCCUAUGUCCAAAAACGUUUUUCCUGAUAACUGGAAAGUCCCUCAAGAUGGAGAUUUUGAUUUUCUAAAAAAUCUAAGUUUAGAGGAACUGCAAAUGCGAUUAAAAGCGCUGGACCCCAUGAUGGAACGAGAAAUAGAAGAGCUUCGUCAAAGAUACACAGCGAAAAGACAACCCAUUCUGGAUGCGAUGGAUGCAAAGAAAAGAAGGCAGCAAAACUUUUGAGUGUAAUUUCUGUAACUAUUCUGGAAACCAUGAAACCACUAAGAAUUAAAGGAAUAUUAUGUUUUGUCUUAAUUUCUAAGAUUUUUGCUCUACAACUACACAGCAGCCAAAAACUAAGCAUGGUACAUACCCAGGUUAAUUGCCAAAAGGCAGAAUUCGCCACUAUAUCCAGUAUGUUUUUAUUUUUAAAUUAUGGAAAUGUAAUCUGUAAGUCAACUGCAUGCCUGCCCUAAAGCUGUUUUAAAGCAAAGUCUGUGUGUGUAGAGACCUUGAAAAUCCAAAGCUGUUGUUUAGUAGUACAGCACUGAAGGGUUUUAUGCCACAGUAUUCUUUGUUCUUAUCUAGUAGCCUAUUUAUUGCAUCCCUUUAGGUAAACUUAUUUAUUUAUGCUAUGCUGUUUCACUUUGUUUUAUUUUUUAAGGACAAGAUCAGGAUAGCUUGGUGAAGGUAAGAGGAGAUUAAUAGAUGUGAUAAUGUACACUCAAAUUAUACUUUGAGAACUGUGGGAUACAUUCCUUGAUUUCCAGGAUAGUUUUCCAAUAGAAGCAAAGCAAUAAUAGCUACAAUACCCAAAUGGUCAGGCCUUUUUUUUUUUUUUUUUUUUUUGUACUGAAGCAAUAAUUCCAUUUUUACCUUCUGAAAUCUUAAUUUUUUAUGUUUGGUACAAAUAGAACUAUAAAUUUAGGUCAGAAAGUGAUAUAAUGUUUGAAACCAAAGAAAUCAAUGAAACUUACAUAAAAAUAUGUGGUAAAUAUUUUAAAAGAAAUAAAUCCUUAAGACAAAUAUAAUUUGUUAAUAUUGUUUCAUGUUUCAUGUGUAGGUCUGAUAGUUAAACUGUCUCUAACUGUAAUAAGCUCAUCAAACUUAUUUCUCUGAAAAUGUGCUCAAUUGUCACAGGACCUUUUUGUUGAUUUCAUUUAUUUCCUGGGAAUUGGUAAACAUCAUGUGCCUGAUAAUAAAGAAAUAGAAAAUACACUAGUACUGAACUAUGUAAGCCUUAGAGACUGAAGAAAAAAUUAAAACCAUUAAAAAGAAACUCAUUUCUAAACUGAACGAACAUUUGCAUGAUUGAACUGGGACCAGUCAUUUCCUGAGCUACAUAUGGCCAUCUUGACAGUGUUUGUUCUUUUGUGUGUUUAAUUACUACAUGUAAAUCAUAAAGACAAUAAAUUUUACUGUGCCACCCAG